CAAAAAAAAAAAAAAAACAUUUUCUGUGUGCUAGUAGUAUAGAAAGACGUAUUUUCUUUUCACUAUAAAUACCCAAUACUAGCAGUGAGGGUCGAGAUUCAGCUAGCCUUCGCUCAUAGCGGAGAGACGCAAAUCGGAUCUUACGAUCUCAUAAGAAUAAAAAAGAAUCAAUCCAAUUUCAAUUCUCUCGUAAUUUCAUCAAAUCUUCACUAUGGCAGACCCCAAUAACGAUCCUCUCUUGCGCAACCAAAACGCCGCCGUUCAAGCUCGUACCAAAGCUCAGAACCGCGCCAACGUUCUUCAACUCAAGCUGAUUGGACAGAGUCAUCCAACUGGUUUGACCACGAAUUUGUUGAAACUGUUUGAGCCCCGGCCUCCUUUGGAGUAUAAACCUCCUCCUGAGAAAAGAAAAUGUCCUCCGUUAACAGGGAUGGCGCAAUUUGUGAGCAAGUUUGCUGAACCUGGUGAACCGGAAUAUUCUCCGCCUGUGCCAGUUGUUGAAACUCCUGCAGAAAGAAGGGCUAGAGUACACAAGUUAAGACUAGAGAAGGGAGCUGCAAAGGCUGCUGAGGAGCUUGAGAAAUAUGAUCCACAUACUGAUCCAAAUAUAUCAGGAGAUCCAUACAAGACUUUAUUUGUGGCCAGACUCAGUUAUGAGACUACUGAAAGCAGAAUCAAAAGGGAGUUUGAGUCAUAUGGUGCAAUCAAACGGGUUCGGCUGGUUACUGAUACUGAGUCAAAUAAGCCCAGGGGUUAUGCAUUCAUUGAAUACCUGCACACAAGAGACAUGAAAGCUGCUUAUAAACAAGCUGAUGGUAGGAAAAUUGAGGGUAGAAGAGUGCUUGUGGAUGUUGAGCGUGGGAGGACUGUUCCAAAUUGGCGACCUCGCCGUCUAGGUGGUGGGCUUGGUACUACUAGAGUGGGGGGCGAAGAAGUUAAUCAGCGACAUUCGGGAAGGGAGCAACAGCAGUCAGGACCUUCUCGUUCUGAAGAACCAAGAGUGCGGGAGGAUCGGCAUGUUGAUCGGGACAGAGAAAAGUCACGUGAAAGAGGUAAGGAAAGAGAUAGAGAACGGGAGCGAUCACGGGAGCGAUCUAGCGAUAAGCCUAGGGAUCGUGAUCAUAGAGAGGAUAGACACCACAGAGAUCGGGACCGGGAUAGGAAUAGGGACAGGGACAGGGGUAAGGAGAGGGAAAGAGAAAGAGAUCGCGGACGUGAUCGAGAGAGAGGACGUGACCGUGAUCGUGGUCGGGAACGUGAUCGUGAUCGAGAGAGGGAUCAUGAUCGGGACGUGGAACAUGAUCGUUAUCGCGAAAAGGAUAAGGAUUAUGAAGUUGGGGAUACUGAUCGGGGACGAUCCCAUGAUAGGGUGGCUGAUUAUGAUCAUGUGGAAUCUAAACAUGAGAAGGAACCUCAUGGUGAAAAAGAGCGGGACUAUGAACCUGAUGAUCAUCGUGGGCGGUACAACCAACCUGGGCAUGGAAAAAGGCAUGCAGAUACUGAACAUGAUCCUGAUCGCUAUGACCAUUAUGAGCAUCAGAGAGGACGGGGGCAAUAUGAUGAAGGAGAUGACCAUGGUGAUUAUAAUCAAUAUCCCGACCAUGAUAAGAUGGAAGAUGACCAUCACACUGAACGGCCAAAAUCUAAAUCACGUGAUAGGGACAGAAACCGUGACAAGGACCAUGAUUAUCAUCGCUCAGAGAGGUCCCAUUCUCGAGAAUAUGAUUACUAGGAACUUGAGCAAAAAAUACUUCUCAAUCUCUCUGAUGCCAAUGGAUUCAGGCACGAUGUGAUCAAAGCACAACAAAAGAACUUACUGCUCAGCUACCCGAAUUUACUUGCUGUUUUUCAUGUUUGAUGUUGAAAGCUUAGAACUGCAGCUUCGGUGAUCUCAGUUUUUCAGUAUGGUCGUGGACUGUUAAUGUUGGCUAUUGUUGGUUUUGUUUUCUUAGACAUUAAGAAACGUUUUUUUCCCCUUCAGAUUUUGUGGGAACUAUUGUCUUGAUUUUACUUUAUCUUUGGUACUUGAGUUUGUUAAGUGUUGCUUAUAUUAAGAAGUUAGCUUACUAGACCCUUAUUAGAUAUUGAGUAAUGAAGGUCUAUCAUCAGUGAUUUAUUUUCUUAAACUGGAAAAUGAUGAAGCAUAAUGAUUGACUGUACAAACUUAAAUUUCAAGAUUUUUCCUCUGUUCA